AUGGCACCUCGUUUAUCUGGUCCUUUUCAUCCUUCUUCAUAUUUUCCAUCACUUACACAACAAACAAGAAUGCCACCACCACCACCAUCAACAUUUUUAUUUUCAAAUAUCAAAACAACUGAUACAUUAUCACGUACUCCAACGCAGGAAAAUACGGAUAAAAAAUCUGAACAAUCAUUGGGAUCAUCUAAACCAAAAUUAAAACUAUUCCGUCCUUAUGAUCUUGAUAGUCCAAAUUCAAAUUCUCAUCAAACACCACCAUCUUCACCAAGUGUAACUAAAAAAUCGACUCCUUCUCCAACAAUUUUAUCAAAUCCUGAUGAAUCACAAACAACAACAACAUCAUUUGGCAAAGAAAAACAACUAUUUAAUUCAUUAGGUCUUGUUCAACAAUCAACUGAUCUUAUAUCAGAAACAUCAUCAUCAACAACAAGCGAAGAAUCAUCAUCAAUAGAAACAGUUUCAUCACAACAAGAUAAUCAUUCAGAUAAAUCUCAUUCUGAUAUAAAAGAUUCUUCAUUAUCAGUUACAUUUAAACGUAAAUCAACUUUUUCAUCCAAUACAAAACAAUCAUCAAAUCGAAAACAAUCGAAAAUUGAUACAAUACAAAAUACAUCCGAAUGA